UCUUUUUACUCCAUUUUCUUGUCAUUUUCGUUCUUUCUAAACACUAUUUCAUCAUUCUAUUCUCAUAUUCCUACUUUAUUAAUUUGCAUGCCAUACAGAUUUUUAUUUAUAUAGAGAUGGAAAUUCAAAACAGAAUAAUCAUAGAAAUGGGAAGGAAUAUUCCGAUGAGGUUCCGGAGGUUAGCGGCGGCGUUUGAGAGUGACGAGGUGGCGCGUGUGAGGUUAUGCGAAAGCAGCGGGAGCGAGCACUCGGCGGCUGAAGACUCAACUGAUUUGUCAGAUCUUGUGAAAUCCUUCCUGGAGAAGAAUUCUGUGAAAGAAGAUUCAAUUGUUCAUGAUAAUGAUGACGGCGAAUUUGAGUGGUAUGAUUAUUCGGAGAAAAGGGAAAUACUGCAAGAGAUUUUUGGUGAUGUUGAUGAUGAUUAUGUGAAAGAAAAGAUUAGAAGAGAGGUUGAAGUUGCAAUUGAGCUUGUUGUCGGAGAUAAAUCUUCGCCGGAAUUCAAACGCCAUGUCAUGUCACGUUUGCGGGAGAGAGGUUUUGAUGCUGGUCUUUGCAAAACAAGGUGGGAAAGAAAUAGAAAAUUUCCAUCGGGUGACUAUGAAUACAUUGAUGUGAACUAUGGUGGAAAUCGAUACAUCAUUGAAGUAUCUCUUAGGGCUGAAUUUGAAAUAGCUCGUCCUAUAGAUCAAUAUGCUUCUUUACUUGAUGCAUUCCCUUUUGUAUUUGUUGGUAAAGUGGAAGAGCUGAAAAAGGUAGUGAGAUUGAUGUGCACUGCUAUUAAGGGCUCAAUGAAGACUAUGAAAAUGCAUACACCUCCAUGGAGAAGAAAUAGUUACAUGCAAGCUAAGUGGUUUAACCCUUACAAGAGAACAACUAAUGAGGUUGCAACAAGAAAAUCUAUUGGCUUUGAAGCUUACAAUAGCAGACAUAAUUUUGGGAGUAACAAUUUUGGGAGUAAAAUUGCUUUCAAAGUUGGCAAUUUGACAGCUGCGAUGACAUUGGAAUGAAUUUAUAAUCAUAUCGAAGAAGAGUGUACAAAAAAUGAAUUUUUGUUUCCCCUUAGCACAGGGCACAGAAGUGCUUCAGCACAUUUUUCCUAGUGAACUGUGUAAUUGGGUAAUUUUGCAUUGAGUUUUUCUACAAGAAAA